CGUAUAGUCUUGCUUGAACUGUUGCCUUCCUCGGAUGGUGUGAGCGCUUGGUCUCUGGACCUGCCAGGCUUUUUAGUUUUCUAUCCCGCGGUCUUCAACAAACACCUUCGGAGAAACUGUCUACUUGCCGGCGUGAUUCCGUCAAACAAACACACAAACUCUUCGAUCAAUCCAAGUCCUAAUAAAGGGAGGGGAAAAGAGAGAGGAAGAAGAAGAAAAAAAAAGUGCGCCAAGUGUUUAUAAAUCUCCUUGCGUUGGCAGUGAAUCGCGGAAAUACAAACAAAAACAAGUGACCAAAAUGACCCAUUAUUCAAUGUCAGUUUCCUGACAUCAGACAUGACGACUUUUCUAGUUGUUCAACAGUUACAAGAUACCCACUAAACAACAGACAAUAUCCUCCCUGGAAAAGUCGAUUUCGGAGCAGAACAGUGAAAAGUGGAAACGAUUGCAAUAAAAAUUCCCGAGUUUGCACUCACACGGUGUUUCACUUUACCUGCACAAGUUCGGCUUACUUUUUUAUUUUUUAUUUAUUUGGCUUCUACGAACCACCGAACAGAUUUCGUUUUACUGCAUUCCCCCCUCCUCCCCCCCCUCUUUCCAUUUUAUACCGUACUGCAUCCAUUCGAACCGUUUCGUUUUUCUCGUUUUCUCUUCCUCUCGCAGUUCCUUCUGCCCUUCCAGUACACGGAGCACCUCUCGGUCAGGAUGUCAUAAAUGAUGGCAGGUUGAGUCCGCCCCCCAGCAGCAGCAACCUUCCCGAAGGCCAUACGCGCCAGUUUCAACAGUUUCUUUUCACCGUAAACCAGCAUAACACGAACAACAACAAACACAGCGGAAUAGUUAUUCGAAACUGGAAUUUGGUAAAAGUUGGUAAGGAGGACAACGAAAAUCCAGGUGCAGUCAUGGAGUCUCCAACGCGACUGAGCCAGUCUCGAUUCUUUCGCUUUGGCCGCUUGAGCAGCAGUAAGGCGUCUCGCAAAAGUUCCUCGGGCUACAGUAAUCACAGCUUUUCGGCGCACCCAUUGGAAACAGUGGAUCAAAAUUGUCCGGUUGAGGCGAGUUACGCCAGCAGCGAAAUCAUUUAUCAGCAGCUCAAUCAUCGAUCAGCCUCUAUGAGCACUCUGCCGUCCAGCCUGCCGCCUGGAACGUACACUGGGCUUCCGUACGGUGAAAACUUCGGCAUGCAUCAGCCUCGUUUGUCGCAGCUUCAGACCCUAGAGGCCAAGAUGGCCAGUAUCGCCGUAUCUCUGUCGGGGGGCGGACGACGUUCGGCCGGAACUCUGCCACACCAUCAGCCCAGCUUGAGGAGCAGUCCAUCCAUCGACACCGUCAGAAGCGUCGGCAAGGCGUCCAGCAGCAGCGGCGGUCACCCGCUCGGCGUUCAUCAUCACCAACAGCAGCAGCAACGGUCAACAUCUGGGUCCAGCAAACAGAUUCGCAACGAGAUCGAAUUGUUGCGCAAAAUCAUUCAGGAUAAAGACGUCCUCAUUCAAAGUCUUCAGCAGCAGCGUGAACAACAAGGUGCCACCAUGACGACUGUGCUGCAACAACAACAACAGCAAACGGUGACGAGCGGGACCAACUGGGCAACGUCGAACGAACGGCAGCAGAUCGAACGCCGUUUAGCCCUCAUCCAUCGAGACAUCGAAUUAAAGCGGGCCGCCAUCAAGAAUUUGAGACUUUCACUGCAACAAACCAACGUCUCCGACAACAUCGACUCGCAUAUCAAACAAGCCGAGACCGAGUACCAACUGGAAAGGGAGGAGACGAAUAUGUUGAACCUGCAGGAUGAAAAGAGGACGCUCCUGUUACGAUUCGGCGGAGCCAUUCAUCAAUGGGGACGAAACGGCGUCGGUGGCGGCAACAGCAGCAACAACCUCGCCAGCAACUCGUUAUUCCGAAUUCUUCACGAACAUGCGCCUCUGGUUAUCAUCAUCAACAAAGUGGAAUACGACGCGCAGAACCCCAGUCUCAAGUUGCAAUACUCGAACAGCUGCGAGGACAGGAACGGACUUCUACCUUUGGUCGACGCGUGCACCAUACAAUGGGCGCGAGAUGAUCUCAACCUGAAGGCGGGCGACAAAGUGUUGGAGAUCAACGGUCAGCUGAUUCCCGGCCAAGAGAAAACGGACCUCGGGAAACUUUUGAUUCAAGGCCAAAAUGAGAUCGUUGUAGCUCGCCAGAGCCGCGAAGAAGCCUACCUGAUGCAGAUCCAGGAUCUUUCAUCUAAACUAGAACGAGUUAGUCAAGAGCGAGACGGUUUGAAAGGUGAAAACCUGCGGUUGAAGCACCGCAUCUCUUACCUGGAAGAAGUGCGUCACGAUGAGGAGCUGGCAGAAGAAGAAGACGGUCAGCAGCUGAUGCACAAAGAAAAGGCCAGCCAUCGCGGUUCUUCCAAAACAUCAUCUCAGCUUCAACAAUCGCAAGUGCAACAACAACAUGACAGUCUAUCGUCUGGUGAGAGCCAGUCGCUCUACCGAUCGGAGGUACGAGUCCAAACGGCUCCUGUUCGCCAAAAGCCACCACGCACGUCUAAGCUGAAGUCGAAUAGCAAUUCAGUGGGGCGACAUCCCAGCGUACCCGACGCUGAUUAUGGCGACAAACGCUCAAGUUCGUCGUUGGAUAGCCGUCGAGGUGGUCCGCCAAUCACUACCACAGCAGAAUCGAGUGGCGAUUUCCAAAAUGGUGGCGUCAGCGUCGAGGCGGGCAGCAUGAAUCGCAUUAAAACUUCCUCGAUUGUCGACAGGCAUUUCGGUCAUGUAAUUCGUGUUACUCAUCAUCAUCAUCCUCACCAGCAAUCGACGCCACAGUCGCAGACACCGUCGUCUUCUUCGUCGUCUCACGACUACGCGUCGCGACGUCAGCGAGUACCUGCCGAUUCCAUUUCUGACCUCCAAAGCGUCGCCUCCUACGAUUCGUUUAUCGAUUCGCAUCCCGCUCGUCACCUUCAUAUCGGCCAAUCAAUGGAGACCGUUUCCAAUGUUUCACUGAUGACAAGGCCUUUCAACCAGCGCUCUCCCUCUUCACCCACUCGGUCAGAAGUACAAAGCGUGGCCUCAAUGGAUCUAGAGCGACGCCGUCACGGCUACAACAGUGAUGAGCAAACCAUUUCGUCUUCCAUGAAUUACGGAGGCUUGUUGACCGGAGGCAAGAAACCCAAACCAGUUCCGCCCCGUAAACCUUCGUUCUUGUAUCUGAAUCGUGCCUCCAGCUUGCAAUCAGUCAACGGAGUAGUCAAAACCAAUUCGAUGGAUCGUUCUUCCAACAAGAUUGAUGCAAAGGGCAAGCUCUCGGAAACUGAAAGUUGGAAUAACAACACGGCGCCCAAAACCAGCCUGCGAACGGCCCUGUCCGGUAACCUGAAAUGGAACAUUCUCUCCUCGUCACGAACCAAAAAUGCCGGUUCCACUCGAGAAAAGGAAGAUCGAGAAUAAUGCAAUUUCAUGGCGCAAUUGAAACCCGAAGCUCAACUAUAUAACAUAACUUGAUUAUAAAAAUGUCGUUCAUGCAUCCUAUUAUGCAUACUUUAUUAUUGAAUGUACUGUACAAACGUAUGCUGUCCACAUAAAGAUUUGUAAACAGA